GCAGAGGAACGAGUGAUGGACUCUCAGACCGAGGCGACCGGCGGCGACGUAGAUGACGUCGCCGUACUGAAGGAGAUGCGCCUUCAACUGGUGGACGCCAUUGACGCCCGCCGCGUCGUGCAGCAGGACCUGCUCUCUGCUAUCCAAACACUCGUACCUGACAUCGCAUCUUCCCUCGACAUUUCCCUUCGCGUCAUCUCUGCCUUCACCGGCCGAUCCUUCUCCCCUUUUCCUAAACCAAACCCUAACCCUAACCGCAGCGGCGCUUCCGUCUCGAAUCCUAGCGCUAAAACCCCUUCCGAGUCCCGUCGCCGACUUCUCCCAGACUCUAAGCCCUUGCCCCGUACCCGCCGGAAGACCUCUCCCACCUCGGUACGUUCUUCCCGCGACCGUUUCUAUGCUGAGCAGGACGAAGGAAGCAGCGGCGGAAUCGCGGGAGAUCGCCUUUCGGUCGUUCGCACUAUGGUAGCUGUGUGCCUGCUUGAGUUAGUUCCCUUCACGGAAAUUGAUUCGGCCGCACUGCUUCGUCGGCUGGAGAGCGAUCAGUCUUCGGCCACAUCAGCUGAGAAGGCUGCCAUGGUUGAGCUUGGCGGUGAAUUUGGCGCGAUAUCUGCGGUUGAGACAGCUCUCCGUCGAAUUGCUGAGGACAGCGGCGGUGUGCAGCUGGAGGACUUCACGGUUAAUGGGAAGUCGAUGUUAAUGGUCUGGGGCAUUGACAGGAGCAAGCUGCUUAAGGAACUACCGGAGAGUUCUCAACAGCAGCAGUUACAGCCACUUGAUUUCGGUUCUGGUGAUGUAAAUAGUCAGAUUCAGGCAGCAGUAUUGCCUGCAGCUGAACGAGGUACCUCUAUGAUGCCUAGGCCACCCCAUGAUCUGUGGAUGGGUCACCCUGAUUCCCAUUUAUCUGGCAUGUCACCAAUGUAUUCAGGGGCUGGUGCGCCUGGGUCAAUCAUUGGCCCAAGGGGAGGCCCUAGGAUGAUUGGUUUGAUGGGAAUUCCGAGAGUUAUCGGUGUGCCACCUCUUCACCGUCCUCUAAUUGGACCUGGUGCUGGAAUGGGUGGACCAAAUCCCCCACCGGCAAAGCCUAGAACAGAGGAGGAUGACAGGAAGGACAUUGAGGCAUUGCUCAAUAAGAAGACCUUCAGGGAGUUGCAAAAGUCCAAAACUGGAGAGGAGCUUUUAGAUCUUAUUCACCGGCCAACUGCUAAGGAAACUGCGGUUGCUGCAAAGUUUAAGACAAAGGGUGGUUCCCAAUUGAAGGAAUAUUGUACUCACUUGACCAAAGAAGAUUGCCGUCGUCAGUCCGGUUCCUUUAUUGCCUGUGUGAAGGUUCACUUCCGGCGCAUUAUAGCUCCACAUACUGAUACAAAUUUAGGGGAUUGCUCUUUUCUUGACACAUGCCGUCAUACCAAGACUUGUAAAUAUGUUCAUUAUGAACUUGACCAAACCCCGGAUAUGCCUCCAAUGAUGAUGGGAAAUUCUAAUCUUCCUCCCCCAAGACCGAUGAAGACUCAGCGAGCUGAAUACUGUUCAGAAGUUGAGCUUGGUGAACCUCAAUGGAUUAAUUGUGACAUACGUAAUUAUAGAAUGGACAUUUUAGGGCAGUUUGGAGUCAUCAUGGCUGACCCACCAUGGGAUAUUCACAUGGAAUUGCCAUAUGGAACCAUGGCUGAUGAUGAAAUGAGGAACUUAAAUGUUCCUGCAUUGCAGACGGAUGGUCUUAUUUUCCUUUGGGUCACAGGUCGUGCUAUGGAGCUUGGGAGGGAGUGUUUGGAACUUUGGGGAUACAAGCGUGUAGAAGAGAUAAUUUGGGUGAAAACCAAUCAACUACAACGGAUCAUUAGGACAGGACGAACAGGACAUUGGCUCAAUCAUAGUAAAGAGCAUUGUCUUGUUGGAAUAAAGGGGAACCCUGAGGUGAAUCGCAACAUUGAUACAGAUGUCAUUGUUGCUGAAGUACGUGAAACAAGUAGAAAACCUGACGAGAUGUAUCCGAUGCUGGAGAGAAUCAGCCCAAGGACAAGAAAGCUGGAACUAUUUGCUCGAAUGCACAAUACACAUGCAGGGUGGCUUUCAUUGGGAAACCAGCUAAAUGGAGUAAGGUUAGUUGAUGAAGGUCUGAGGGCAAGAUUCAAGGCAGCUUAUCCAGAUGUGGAGGUCCAACCACCUUCUCCUCCAAGAAGGGCUCCUUCCAUGGAUCCCGAAUCCAGUACCAUGCAAGCAAGAAGUCCCUUUUUUGCCGCCGCAGACUCGAAGCAGUCUACUAACAGAUUCAUGGAAGUAUCGACUCCCCCAGCUUAUGCAUUAGAAGUAAAGCCGGUGGCUAUCGAAACUGAAACGGCUGCUUAAGCUAAUCUCAUAUUUUGAAGCUUUAGGCCUCGUUUGGGACGGCUUUUUUACUGCUUCUCAAAACGACUUUUUAUUAUAAAAAUUAAAAUUUUUUUUACUAAAAAGCUAUUUUAAGAAGAGCCAGAAAGCCGCCCAAAGAAAGCCUUAGUUUUGAUUUCUGCCGGCGCUGGAAAGUGCAGAGGGUAUAGAAACUGUACUUGAACUGUUGUUUGGUAAAUAGAAGGCAUUUGGUUCAAAAAGUUUUAAGCUAUUUUGUUGUUUCUGUAAGAUUGGUGCUGAUGAAGUUGUCAUUAGCGGUGGGAGCAUAUAAGCAGUAGCUUCUGUACAAAUACAAUGUUUUGUAAGUGCUUGACUAGUUUAUUUAGUCUCGGAAAUGAACUCUGUAUACGUUAUUAUUGUAUGAGAAUGUAAAAGUUUUUUUUUUUACUGAAAAA